CAGCAUCUACAGGAAGGAACUAGUAUGCAUGAAUGGAUCGAGUUGCAGGAUCUGUAAAGGUUUGGAUUCCAGGCAGUCUGAAUGACGUCUUCCCCAGUCGAGGUUUUCCAUCAGAUAUCUCGCGCCAUCUGAUAGACCAGGACCGAAUUGCCAAUUUAGACCGUGAUCUCGAAUGGUUUUAUCGACGACUUCCAUAUUGCCAGAAACAGGAGGCUAUCAAAGAUUGCACUGUAUUUUCUAACCGUCAAGAGAGUCACGUCGCAUUUGGCAAUAGCAGCAGAUGGAAUAAUGCAAAACUCUUGAGGAGAGCAUUAGUGGAAGAGCAACUGAUGAAACGCUUGCCAUCUGCAGUUUUGAUAGCUUGUGAGUUGCCAGUCAAAUUGGACUGCCUGCAUCAAUGACACCAAUGCAGGUGCCGGUGGGACAUGCUUGACAUGAAUAUGACAUCCACUGCAUAGUCCCGGCAAAGACCAAGAUCGGGAUAUCAAUACUUGCACUUGG